UGUUGGAGCUUGAGAUUUCCACUUUUCUCCGUUUAAAAUCCAAUCAAAAUUUUCCUCUGUUAAGGGAUAUUUUUUAUUUGGUUUAUAUUCAUAUGAAAAAUUAUGGCUAUGUUUGCCAGGAUUUUCUAAGAGUUUAGGGAUACAAUGGCCUCUCUCAAACAAGGCUUAUGCCCUUCCCCACUUGAUGCCUUUGAAGGUUACACAAGAUGAUAAGACUAAGAAGAUCGGGAAUGAUCCCCUGUUGUCCUCUGUGUUCAUGCCCACAUCUGAAAUUCAGCACGAUGUGCAUUCUUUGCAUCGUCAGUAUGAGAUGAAGAUGUUUCCAGUCGCCAACCAGGCAGUUUCAGUUCCUAUGAGCAGUGGUUUUUUCCAAAAUCAUUUUGCAACUUGUGGGCAGAAUUUGCCUGCUGCUACCAUGAAGUCUCAAUUGCUGGGAGGAAUUCCGGUUGCAACUGCACAUUCAGUUCUUCCCGCUGUUGGUUGUGUUGGUGGAAUGGCUGAACCGUGGAAUGAUGUCAAAAUGACAGGCUCUCCUGCACAACUUACCAUCUUCUAUGCUGGGACAGUGAAUGUGUUUCAGGAUAUCUCCCCUGAGAAGGCACAGGCUAUCAUGUUCAUGGCUGGAACUGGGUCUUCUAUGAUGACACACCCAAAAGUUCAUGUCCCGGCACCUAGCUCAAAGCCGGCAGCUGGUGAUGGUUCUCCUGUGAAUCAGCCCAUAAGCACACCACCCAGCUCUGGCCUGUCUAGCCCCCUCUCUGUGUCAUCACAUACUGGUGCUCAAUCGGGAAGUGGGUCCACCAGCACUGAAGACAUGAUGGCAGCUAAAACUGUCGGAAUUGCAACUGCUCCGGUAAGCAAAGUAGAGCCUCCAAAGAUGGUGAAUGCAGUAGGAUCUGUUUCUGCUACUAGUAUGAUCCCAUCAGUUCCACAGGCUCGCAAAGCAUCCUUGGCCCGGUUUUUGGAGAAGCGCAAGGAGAGAGUUAUGAAUUCAGCUCCUUACAACCUACACAAGAAAUCUGCAGAGUGCACCGACGCAGAAUCCAACGGCAUGAAUUACUCAGCAUCAUCUGCAGCAGGAACUGGUUGUUUUUGAGCAACGAAAGAGGGCAAACCAAUGACCGAUGCAGAAAUUUUUACAAGAAAAAUUUCUGUAGUAUAAGCAAUGGUCAAUUUGUUGUAUUUUAAGCUUAAAUUGAUUUUGUUUUGAAAUAGCUACUGGUGAUGGGUUUUACCCUGAAAUUCCUUUUAAGGUGGAUGAUUUCAUGUUUGUAAGCAUCGAACUAUUGUUACUUUUGUAGAAAUAAUAAUACAAGGCGAAAGAUUUCUUCUA